GUUCACGAAGAGCAUAAAGUUCACACGAUUCACUAUAUCGUUUAAGUUAAAGUAACAGUAUUGAAUCAAGUAUUGAACUUAGUUAACGUGCGCAAACGCUUCAAGAAUCCUAAGUUUAACAUCCGGAAGUCUUCUUCAAAGUUUUCUGUUAAACAGAUUUAACAGUAAUAUCUGGAUUAGGAAACAUUUAAACUUUGAGUGGACUUCUAAAAGACACUUUAAGCACUCGAAUGUCGACAUCGCAAAAUUUGCAACCGCCUACACUGAUAAUUACAAACAGUGAGGAGGAGAUAAUAACAACAGAGGAGGAGAAUUCGUCAUUGAAUAAUAAUGCGAUAAACGUCACUUUACUCAAAAUCGAGGAAGACAAAUAUAGCGGUCUCUCGAGCAUCUUUGACUCUUCUAUUGACAGUUCUGACGAAUCGAAUAAAUUUUCGGACGAACGCAAGGAAUUCGUAACAAAAUGCAAACAAGAAUUAAACAGCAGCAAAUUACCAGAACACUUCGAACAGUGGAAAAUCGAGAAGCAAUACGAUCACUUAAUAAAAAAUAUCGGCAAAUACUUCCCGAACAUACCCGACUCCUUGAGAUACGUCUUGCCAGCGAUCUUCGAAAAUGGAGACUGUGGACGAGAAGCAAAUGCGAAACCGGAUUGGCUGAUCAUGGAUAAAUUUUAUCGCGGACAGCGCUUUGCCCAGCGUUAUUUCAGCAUGAUUGCCAUAAGCAACUUGAUGGGUCUGAUGCAGAUAUUUAGCUUUUCGGACGGACUAAAACCGCUGAUCCUCAGUCAGAAGUCAAACACUCCGUACCGCGCCUUCGAGAGGUAUCUCAGGACGAUCAAGACCUUCAGGAACUGGUACACGAGCGAUCCUUGGUGCGAAGGAACGCCAGCCUAUCGCGAUAUCCAGAGAGUGCGAAAGUUACACUGCGCCAUGAGACGGAAAUUGUGUGGAAAAAACUUCGAGGAGAUCGACCAAGGCAGUAAGAUUCAAAACGCGUGGUGUCCUGUACUGGGAAAGAUCACGAAAGACUUCGCGGAUUCGUGCCCGAUGGCGAAGAACCAGCAGUGUCCUUACACGAUGACGAGAACGAGAGGCCUGAACCAGGGCGACAUGUCAGGCACGCAGUUCGCUAGCAUGGGUCUGAUAGUGCUUUAUCCGGAGCAGUUCGGAAUACACGACGCUAGCGACGAGGAUCUGGAGGCUUUCUGUCACCUCUGGCGCGGGCUGGGCUACCUGCUGGGCAUCGAAGAUCACUACAACUUCUGCCGCGGUAGUUUGAAGGACGUGCGCCAGCGAACUGAAGACUUCAUCGAGCACUGGGUAAAACCGAACUUCCGCACGGUGACGCCGGAGUGGGAGCACAUGACCAUGUGUCUCAAUGAGGGAGUGGGCUAUAUCGCUCAUUUAAACAACUACAAAGUGCUACUGCUCCGACUCUGUGACAUAUUUGGAUUCAGCAUGCCUCGCCUGUACGAUUCCUUUAGUCUACCGGAGAGAAUGCUUUACAUGCUGCAAAAAUACUUAUUCUCUUACAUUGUGAAACUACCUGGUAUCUUCUCUAUCAUGAAUGCAGUGUUAAAUUCGUAUCUGGAUCAGGCAGCAGAUUUUGGAUACAGUAAACGUGCCGAACUUAAAAAGAGAUCACUCAAAAAGAUCUCAAAGAUUGUAUACAUUUAAAUUGUUUGAUUUACAAUAGAUCUGUAUUUAAUUUCUGUGACGUUUUAGCUAUGCACAGAUUUUGAUAAUCGUAUGAAUUCUGACAAGUUAACAAAAGAUAUACUUUUUUAUUACUGUAACUUUUGAUUAGAUAUUUUAUUUAUUUAUUGUACAUGACAGUAUCAAAAAGUAUA